AUGCAAGUGUCUUUGCUUCACGCUCCCCGGGGCCCCAUGUCGGCUGGCCUGUCGCAGCAGCAACAGAGGGGCAACAGUGGGGGCGGUGCGGUGGGCUCCCAGUCCCAGCGCAGUGGGGGUGGCAGGGCCAGCCGGGCCCGAGGGAACAGCUUCCCCACCAAAUUCGGGAACCGCAACGUCUUCAUGAAGGAGAACAGCUCAUCCUCCAGCGCCGGCUCCCGCUCCCGCUUGUCCUCUCGCUCGCCCAGCCACCACUUCCGGCGCAGUGAUUCCCAUUCGGACUCCAACAGCUCCUUCUCUGGCACCGACUGCCACCUGGCGAGCCGCAGGAGUGCGCCGAAAAACCGUGGCCGAGGGGGGCACAUGGACCGCAUGGACCGGGGCCGCAUGAGGAUGCAGAAGGGUAAAAGGCAUGACCAGGGCCCCUCCAAGCACAACCGCCGGCGGAACGCCAUGGAUUAUGAGGACCCCGAGAAGGAGUUCAAGAAGCAGCGGCGGGCGGCCCGCUUCCAGCACGGCCACUCCAAGAAGCUGCACCUGGAGCCCCUCAUCCUGUCCAUCAACAGCCUGGACCCUGCCGGCUCGGAGAGCCUGAAAACCCACGCCUGGAUAGCGCUGGAGAAGGGAAAUCAUGAGGAAUUCAACCAGUGCCAGACCCAGCUCAAGUCUCUUUAUGCGGAGAACCUGCCGGGCAACGUGGGGGAGUUCACCGCCUACCGCAUCCUCUAUUACAUCUUCACCAAGAACUCCGGCGACAUCACCAUGGAGCUGGCCUACCUGACCAAGAAGCUGAAGGUGGACCCCUGCGUGGCCCACACGCUGGCCCUGCGCGCCACCUGGGCCCUGUCCAACUACCACCGCUUCUUCAGGCUCUACCGUCAGACACCCUGCAUGUCCGGCUACCUCAUCGACAAGUUCGCCAAGUGGGAGAGGAAGGCGGCGCUCAAAGCCAUGAUCAAAACUUUCCGCCCGGUGCUCCCCAUCUCCUACGUUCAGUCCGAGCUGGCCUUUGAGGCUGCGGAGGAGUGCCAGCUCUUCCUAGCUGCUCUUUCACUGGUGUACAUGGGCAUUGAUGCAACUAAGAUUGACUGCAGGCAGAGCUUAGCAGUCCUGGCCAACUUCUAA